GUCGAUUGUAGCGUGGACUGCGCAUAGAAGUGACGACGUCUUUCCGUUCAAUUUAAAAAUUGGACUGAUUUAGUAUCAUUCGGACAACGGAAUCGAUCGGAACUGGGAAUAGUCGCGCGAGAAUCCCGCCGGUAAGCUAGCUUCGUAGUGUUCAAUGAUUGAGUGGAAUUAUCAAGUACGGAAAACAACCACCAGAUAAGGUACGCUGCUGGAGGCGAUAAUUAGCUAAGUAAUGCUAACGGAUUAAUAGUUAUAAAAUGUGAAAAAGAGAAUAAUAGUCGUAGAGAAAAGGCUCGUACGGAUGCUCCAGUUGUGGAUGUGAUCUGCUAUUACAUGCUUCACAAAGAAAAUGUUCAAAGAAUGAAGGUUGACGAAAAAUUGAUUACUAAUGCACGUACAAGGCACCCAAAAAUUAGUGAUAAGAAAUGUGUGGAAGCAUCCGUUAUCUUAGAAUAAAGGUGAUAUCAACGGAAGUUUUGUGUUUGAAUUUGGCUUCAAUGUCUUAAUGUGGAGUGCCGUUAUCAUCCAUCACAAGUGAAUGUUUACUCUUCUACGAAUCUACUGGAAUCACGAGACGGUUGAAUCUUGUUUUACGUCGAAAGCAAUUAUCCGACCCAGCCAACCUGCUCCCACCCAUCAGCAUCAUCAUUAUCAGUGAACACCCCCCACAACGGCGAAGUCGACGAAAAUGCUGAUGACUCGACCAAUGCUAACCGGGAAGCGAGUUCUCCUAGCCCUGGGUGCACUGGUAACGCUAACACUGAGCUAUGCCAACGGAUUCGCCACGCUGCCAAGUGACAUGACCAAACGAUGCACGCUGGAGCGAUAUCAGAAAAUGAUCGGGUACAACUGUGCCGACCUCAAGCUGAAAGAGAUCCCGCAAAACUUGAAAAGCAGUCUAUUGAUUCUAGAUCUCAGCUUCAAUCGCAUUCGUGACCUUAAUACACACUCCUUCGCCCGAUAUACAGAAGUCAAAUAUCUCUAUUUAUUCGAAAACAUGAUCCAGAAUAUCGAAGAAGGGACGUUCAGUGAGCUGGUGAACUUGGAAGCUCUUGAUCUAUCGAACAACGCAUUGAACACAAUUCCCUUGGAACUCUUUCGACUGCCAUUACUGAGGAAUCUGUACGUAGCAUACAACAACCUGGCAAAUGUCGAGGACGAUCUACUGCUGUUGGAGAAACCUGUUCGGGCCCCACUGCAGAUCCUUAGUCUAGCCGAAUGUUGGCUGAAGCGGCUGCCAAAUUUCGGAAUUCUGCCGGACUUGUGGCAGCUGAACAUAUCUUCCAACCCAAUGACGGAGUUAACAAUUGAUCAGUUUUCGCCAAUGUGCAACCUUCGAUCACUGGACCUGAAUGCCACGAAGAUCCCACCUUGUUCUUGUCAGUUGAUUACAGCCGAACUGUCGACUCGGCGUACGGUGAUCCACAAUAAUCCUCCCAGCUGCUUUGCAGAAUCAACCAUCUGUCACCAGGACUUGUCUACAACCUCGCCACCCUCUAAAACGGAAGAAUAUCAACAAUGCAUGGACAUCCGGAACACUCGGAAGUUGGAUACCGAGGCCAAAUCGAUAUGGUUUAAAAUAUCGCUCGGAGUGGUCGCAUGUAUCGCCCUGUUCUUGAUCAUUCUCUGCUACUUCCACCGACGGAAUGCCAGAAACAUGAAGGAAAACAGAAAGAAGCAAAACAUGUCAAAAAACCUUACCCCCAUCCACAGGAUAAAGGUGUCGUCGUCCGACGAUGAUUCACCCAAAGUUGUCGAAAACGGAAACCGUGAUAAACUUAUUACCGACUGUGAUUAGCCGCGAAGUCGAGUCGGGAUGUUCCACAUACUCUGUCCUCACGCAAUUGCCCGCAAGAUCGAAUGCAACGCAACCUAUUCGAUCAGACAAGACUAACGACUAGGAUUAAGGAAAAAGAGACACAAACUGUAAAUAGUAGCUAAUUCCAUUAGAUUAGUAUGUAGGGCUAGAAUUACUCAGAACGAUCGCCUUUUAGAUAGUACAGUACAAUGUUAUUGCCAUCGAUCAACAAUCUUGCCACCUACUUUUUACUUAGAUAUUUUGUUCGAGUUAGAUACAUACAUGUACGCCAAAGAAAAUGAAUAAAUAUUUGCCAUGUUCAACACUGUUAAAACAGAAAA